AUGAAAAAAAAGUUGGCAUUUCUACAGCCAAUCUUGCCUUACGGGGUUAUUGAACCGUGGGAUGAUCUUAACCCUCGUCUGUACCACGCCGUGCACAUCUAUUGGCUAAAGUUUUACGGCAUGUGGUUCAACAAUUUUUCGCCAUACCGCAUCAAAUAUUGGCUUCAAAUGAUAUACACAUUGGUCGUGUUAUGGCUUGUGUGUUUUUUGCCAGGAUCCGGCGAAGUUGUUUAUUUACUUAGGCGAAGACAAAAUAUUGGAGAUGUUGCCGAAGGGUUAUAUUUAUUCUUGAGUGAAAUGUACACGUACUUCAAAGUGGCAGUAUUUUGGUUUAACAAAAACAAAGUGGCGGAGCUAUUGAAACAUUUGCACCGCGAAGAAUUCAAACCGAGAGAAGCGGAACAUCGCGAUAUUAUACGGAAGAGUAUUAAUACCGCCCGUUUUGUCAUGACUUACUAUUCCACCAUGUGCGUCGGAGCGGUGUCGGUUGGAAUAAUAUUGCCUUUAACUGAACAUUUCGACAUUUUGCCUACGAACGUGGAAUACCCAAACAUCGAUCUAUACAAAACACCAACAUACGUGGCCGCAUACAUCCAUCACAUUUAUUACAAGCCUGCAACGUGUAUAAUAGAUGGUGCUAUGGAUACAAUAUUGGCAGCCUUUGUUGCUUCAGCAAUCGGACAAAUAGAAAUUUUGGCUUUCAACCUCCGCAACUUUGAGCUGAUUGCCGAGCGUCGACGCAAGAAUUUCAAAGAAAAAGAUACCGAAGAAUACACUAAACAGUACCACGUACGGUCAAUAUUAAAGGAGUGUAUUAUUCAUCAUAAUAGCAUUAUUCGAUACGUGUCGAUGAUCGAGAGCGCUUUCAGUUUGGCGUCAGCCCUACAGUUCAUGUUAAGCGUCAUGGUGUUGUGUUUGAUCGGCGUUCAAUUUCUAUCGAUUGAAAACCCAGCCAGCCAUCCGAUGCAGAUGGCGUGGAUGGGUAUUUAUCUAACCUGCAUGCUGAUCGAAGUGUUCAUACUGUGCUGGUUCGGGAACGAACUGAUAUGGAAGAGCAUUGAUCUUCGCCAAGCGGCGUUCGACGGACCUUGGACAACUAGCGACCGCAAGACCAACAUCUAUAUCAUUUUAUUUAUGGAGAGGUGCAAACGUCCUCUGUGUGUGAGAGCGGGAAAAAUAUUUACACUAUCACUCGACACCUAUACAAUACUUAUCAACUGGGCAUACAAAGCUUUUGCAGUUAUGAGCAACAUGAAGAAAUAA